UCGAAAGAUUUCUCCCGGUCAUGAUGCUGGUCCCCGAUGCACGAUCCUCGAUGUCGUGAAUUUUUCAUCAGGUUUCGACAGCGAAUGAACGUAGCGGAUAAGACGACGUCCAUGCACGGGCUGCGAAAGUUUCGUCAAACAAUUUAGGAACACCCUUUGUGUGUACGUGGCCACAGGAACACGCAUACAUGUAUGCACAGAGAAAGAGCAGCCAAUCGGAAGACGACAGCACUGCGCGGGGUAUCGUGUACUGCUGGCUAACGUCUUGCAAAAGCCCACCUCUUAGACGGACACUGUCUUUUGAAGAAAGAGUGCGGGUCGUAUUCGAUUUAGCAAACGUGCACCGUGAUCCAAAAUGGUGCCUAAAUAUCUUAGCCUUUUGUUCCUGGUUUUCGUCACCGUCUUAGCGGAGGACAAAGAUGUACAAGAGCUCACCGACGAAAACUUCAGCGGCACAUUAGAGCGUCAGGAGUACACGCUUGUUAUGUUUUACGCACCAUGGUGCGGUCAUUGCAAGCGAUUGAAGCCAGAAUAUGAGAAAGCUGCUAAACUGCUCUUAGGCAGCGAUCAGCCGAUCACUCUCGCCAAGGUGGACUGUACAGAAAGCGGAAAAGAAACUUGUAAUAAAUAUUCUGUAAACGGCUAUCCGACAUUGAAAAUCUUCUUCAAAGGCGACGUUGUUAGCGAUUACAACGGGCCUAGAGAAGCAGCGGGCAUUGCUAAAUACAUGAAAGUGCAAGUCGGUCCAGCGUCCAAAGAACUGACCUCUGACAGCUGUUUGAAAUCGUUCUUGGACUCCGACGAAGUGGGUGUCGUAGGUUUCUUCGAAAAGGAUGAUUCUCCUUUGGCAACAUCCUUCCAGACAGUCGCUAAAAAAUUAAAAGAAAAGAUCAGAUUUGCUCACACAUCCGCAGAAGCACUUUUGGAGAAAGAAGGGCAUAAGAAUGCUAUCGUACUGUACCGGCCAAAAAUAUUGCAAAACAAAUUUGAAUCCGACUCUGUGAAACUCGAGGAUGGAAAUUCGGCCGGCGACGUGCAGGAAUUCAUUGACAAAAAUUACUUUGGCAUCGCUGGUGUUCGUACGCGAGAAAAUUCUGGAGAUUUCAAAAAUCCACUGAUCGUCGCUUACUAUGCCGUGGAUUACGUAAAAAAUCCAAAAGGCACAAAUUACUGGCGCAACCGGAUCAUCAAGGUCGCCAAAGACUUCCCUAACUUCAAUUUCGCGAUCUCUUCCAAAGACGACUUCCAACACGAAUUGAACGAUUUCGGGCUCGAUUUCGUCUCGGGCGACAAGCCAGUUAUUCUAGCAAAGAAUGCUAAUAAUCAGAAAUUUGUCAUGAAAGGUGAAUUCACGAUCGACGCGUUCGAAGCAUUCCUGAAGGAUCUGGAAGAGGAUGUUUUGGAACCGUAUAUGAAGUCGGAGCCAAUCCCCGAGGAUAACGCCGGAAAUGUUAAAAUCGCGGUGGCUCAAAACUUCGACGAGGUCGUCACAAAUAACGACAAAGACACGCUGGUCGAAUUUUAUGCACCAUGGUGCGGUCACUGCAAAAAAUUAUCACCUGUCUUCGACGAGCUAGGUGACAAGCUUGCUAACGAGGAUGUGGAGAUCGUUAAGUUCGAUGCGACUGCUAACGAUGUUCCAGCACCAUACGAAGUGAAAGGAUUCCCAACACUGUUCUGGGCACCUAAAGAUUCAAAGGACAAGCCUGUUAAGUACGAGGGUGGUCGACAGCUCGAUGACUUUAUUAAAUACAUUGCCAAGCACGCAACUAACGAGCUUAAAGGAUUCGAUCGUAAAGGCAAACCCGCGAAGCCGAAGAGCGACGAAUUAUAAAUUUCUUUUCGUAAAAAUAUAAGUGAUAUGUUUAUAUUACAUUUUUUAUAUAACGUCUCGUCAGCAAAACGUGGAAUGAAAUUUUCCUUGUGGGACUUUGCGAAGUGUGACAAGAGUGGGAUACGAUUAAUUAAACGUAAGAUCUAAUCAUUUUUCUAGUUCCAGAGACGGGUCUGAGUGAAAAAGGGAAAGAACUUUUCGAUAACACGUGCUGCACUUAUUUUACAAAGUAUUUGAAUGCGAAGUGAAAUGUAAUUAGCAUAGGAUUCUCUACAUAUAUUAGGUAACAUUAUGGUAUCGCGUAAAACUAUGCAGAACUGAUUUAGAAUUAUCGUGGCAAUGUUUUCCAGUUCGAUGAGCUACGUCUAAGAAACGAUUUUCCAUUCCAUUUUUCGCAUUUCGCUAUGCUACGUUGAAGUUACUACAUUUAAAUAUUUCUUUAUACGAAAAAAUAAAAAUUGUAUGGAUUGCAACUAACAAUAUUCAUCGUUGAAAAGUAAUUAUACUUUUUGAAACUUCCCGGUAUAUGCAACAUUUAGGAACUAAGGAAAUUUUGUUCAAUAAAAUUUGUAAAUAAAAAUUUUCAGUAUGCCUGGAAUAUGUUUUGCACGAUCGCAGAUUCCAUUUGAAUUCGUAUUGACUGAUAAUAUGAGAAAUAAAAAAAAAAAGAUUAUUGUGUUAAGCGAAUGAUUUGAUGAAUGUUGGUCUAUCUACCAUCCGAGUUCUUAUUAUUUGAAAUUUUUGCGCACAGUGAAUCAUCCCGAUAGUAGCAAUUUACAAAUAUUGAUAAGUUUUAUUGUUAAUUACAAUUUAUUAUUAUAGCAAUCGUGGAUUAAAUACCUUCUUACAUAUAAAAGCUAAUUAAUUAAUAGACUGAUUUUUUGUUAAAACUGAAAAACCUCACUUGAAUUCAUUUCCCUGACAAUCAUAAAAAAUAAUUUUCACUUCUGUAUCACUGAAGGAAUACUAUGUACGAAUUACUAUAAAGUUCUCGCUCACGUAACUUCUUAUAUUAGUUAGCUGCACGACUAAUUACAACGUCGUCGUAAGAUUAGAUAAUUUUUAUAGGACUGCGGAGAACAGAAGACAUUUCCUUUCCUUUUUUUCUCUUGCGUACAGUACUUUUUACGCCCCAAAUCAAAACGACACGGUACAACGCUACAUAUAUUGCUCGCGACAAUUAUUACAAGAAAAGGAGAAAACUAUUUUUUAUUGCUCUCUUUACAAGAGACAAAAUGCUAGAAAGAAAAAAUCAUACAAGAAAUUCGUCGAGGCAUUAUUUCGUCUAUUCCAAGAACGAUGAAAAUUUAUAUACAAUCUAUAAUCCCAUAUGGACCAAUUUGGAAAAAUUUUAAUGGGGGAUUCUAGUGGCCAAAAUCAGACGAAAAUCAACAAAUUGGUAUUCUUGAUUUUCGUCUUAUUUUGACCUCUAGUAUCUCCCAUUAAAAUAUUUUUUUUUAUGACAACCAAGGUGAUAGUAAGGUCAUCAUUUUGUUAUAAAAAUUGCAGUAGAGUUUGUACAAAUUUUGUUAACGGAUUAGUCUGAAAUUGCAUUUAUUGCAGCGUUAGAGACACGGUCCAUAAAGGAUUACCCCAUACAGUCGCAAUUAACAGUAUAUUCCUUCAGAAAUUAUUAUAAAAGAACACUUGGUAAACUCUGCGACGAACGUCGAAUUCAAACGAUGAAAGUUUUCGAAUCUCAGGACUGUUCUUGCUAGUCGUUUGUUCAUUAACCCUUUGACAAUCAAUUUCCAAAAUGCGAAUAGCAUCUCUUAUUCGAGGAUUAUAAAAAAUUUCCCGCUAAACUUUGUGCCCCAAAGAGUUAAUCAACCAUCUCGUUAAUCGUUAGCAAACAAAAUUUCUGGUCGCUGGAGUUCCGGUUAAAAGCGUAAUUCAACGGUAGUUAUGCUAAUUGUAAAAAAAAGUUUGUUGAACACAAUUCCACAGUCAUUCAUUGAAUCAAUGGCCAAGACUGCAUUGCAGCCGUUAAUUCAAUAGUUCUUGCAAGAAACAACUACCUUAUAGAUUAGUUUUAAUAGAAGACGAGUAAGUUCAAGAGUUUAGAAUAGUAUGUCUACAAUUUAACGGGGGGGUGAAAAAAAAAAAAAAAAAAAAAACUACGAGGGAGGAAAGCACAGGAUGAUUCAAUAGGCUCCGAUAAUCAUUCUUUACACGAUAAACCUUGAAACUCGUAAAUUGAUCAACGAUUCCGAAGAACAAACAUUACUUUCGAUCGAAAAUUAAUGGCCCGUGAAAUUCGUUCGCUCUGAAUGAAAAGAGUCGCCUAGAAAUAUUCUGCGAAUACAUUAAUCGUAUCGAAUGAAUUUGAAAACUAUUGCGUAAUAAAACUUAAAUCAGGGCAUAAUUUGUUUUGCAAUGGUUGGGUACAAGGGAUGUUGUUGUCGAAAUAUAUAAAUAUAAUAUAGCCGCUGUUAUAAUCCGUAAUGUUAGUGUCAUCGUAUUACAAUAAUAAAAAUAAUUAAUAAUAAUAAUUAAUAAUAAUUAUAAUAAUAAUACAUUUAGCCUAGUUGGUAUUCUUAUAGAUCAAAGUGAUCCGCUGGUCUACUUACGCAUUUUUUAUAAUUAUAAUAUAAUGUUUGUUACUUUUUUUUUUUUUUUUUCGUUUAAGAAAUAUCGAUAAUGCGAUGGUUCAAUAAAAUAGCGACGCAAUAUUUGGAAUUUUUUUUCAACGUUUUGCUUUAAACUCUUACAUUGCUUUCUAUGACUUUGCAUUGCGUAUUACGUUUCCACUCUCCCCCCCGUUCUCCUUUUAUACUCUGUUACGAAUUCCCCCAACUCUGUCGUUCGUUUCUUCCACAUAUUUUUUUUUUUUUUAUUACCAAAAAUAAACAGCCACUACGUUUAAAAAAAAAAAAAAGAUGUAGAAUGCAUACAAUAGUAAUGAAAUA